AUGUCUACCUCCGAGCCUCCUUCGAAGUAUGCCGCCGGGUCUGAACAUGUGUCCGCCCCAUUGCCGUCGCCAGACACCCUCGACCAAGAGCUCCAUCACCCCAAAGGAUGGCUCAAUUUGAGGCUAUUCUUUAGUCUCCUCAUUGUUGGGUGCUCCAUGUGCUUGUUUGGCUACGACAACAGCUUCGCGUCUCCCCUCAUGCAGCUGCCUCUAUUCAUUGAGAAAUACCAAGGCCCCGGCUUGACUUUCACUGCCAAGAAUCUAGACCUCCUCGUCCCGGUACCCCUCGUCGGAGCAGCCAUGGGCACCUUCGCUGCUAGUUUCGCCAUGAAGAAGUUCGGCAGAAAGAGGACUCUGAUUGCGUCCUAUGUUUUCCUCUGCAUCCCCGGCUCGUUUCUUCAAUUGUUUGCCCCAGACAUGGCCGCAAUGGUUGUAGGUCGAUUCUGGAACUACAUCGGCAUCAGUAUCAUGACUACAGUGGCGCCAUUGUAUCUUACAGAGCUCGUGCCCGCUCAUGUUCGCGGGCGAGCCGUCGGUUUCUGUGUCGCCGCCAUCGCGGCCGUGGGCAUCAUCGCGACGACCAUUGUAUGGGCCACGGAAAAGAUCAAUGAUCACAGACAGUACCAGAUCCCUCUGGCGAUCCAGGCCGCAUUCCCUUGCGGACUCGCCGUGGCGUCGCUCUUCCUCCCCGAGUCUCCGGUGUGGUACAUGAUACACCACAGGCCCGAUGACGCCCAUCGCGUCUUGUCAAGCGUUCGCGGUGACAAUCUCGACCUCGUCAACGCCGAGUUGCGGAUCCUCCAGAGGGCCCUUGAGGAAGAUGCCGCGAGAAGCGAGCAGGUGCACUUUUGGAGCAUUCUCGACCAGCAGAACCUCAAGCGUACCGUGACUGCAGGUGCCCUCCUGAGCUCUGGUCAGGUCGGUGGCCAGAUUCUGGUGGGAACCUACGCCACCGUCAUGCUGGUGCAGAGCGGAGUCGGCAAUCCGUUCCAGAUCACUAUCAUCAUCAGCUGCACGAAUUUCUUGGGGACGCUCAUCGGACCGUAUCUCGUGGACAAGGUCGGCCGCAGGCCCGUGGCGCUCGUGGGUUUUGCCAUUCUGUUGAUUCUCAACCUUGCUGCCGGAUCGCUGGCUGCCGCUGGUCUCACGACCGAGAGCCGACAGCUGGGCCUCGCCUCGGUCAUGAUCAUUUUUGCAUUCUUCAACUCGGCCUCGUUCCAAUCUUUGAGCUUUGUCUUGCCGACUGAAGUCGCGAGGCCUGCCCUCCGCGAGCCUACCAUGGCCUGGGCAGCGUUCUGGUCCUACACCACGGCCGUGAUCACCACCUUUGCCGUCCCGCAGAUCAUGAGCCCUGAUGCCGCCAAUCUCGGUGCCAAGACGGCCUACAUCUUUGCUGGCUGCCUUGUCGUGACCAUCAUCUGGACGUACUUCUUCAUCCCCGAGACGGCAAACCGUACGCUGGCCGAGAUUGAGGAGAUGUACAGCAUCGGCUUGCCUAUGUCUAAAUGGAGAGGCUAUAAAUGCAGCGUUGUGGCCGACGUCAGUGCACAGUAUGGGGAGAACAAAACUGUGUAA